ACGAUUUAGACCACGGCAGAUUUAACACAUAACUAGCAUAUUGUCAUCUGAUUUUUUUCACAGAUUUUUCUUUUAGUGUUUACUUUUUAUUAAUCGGGAAUAUUUCUAUCUAGUCUACACUGAAUAUUCAGGCAGUUUCUUGUCAGUAGAACAAUGUAUAGCUAAGCUAGCUGACAGCAGGAUCGAUUCCGAAGCCUUUCAGCUAUAUUUCCCAUCAAGCAGCAAUGUUGAAGACAUGACGAUAAAGCAGACAGCCGCGUCCUUUUGUCAGUGAACGUGUCCUGCUGUAUCUACUCUGUCGAUUGUUCAUCUUGACGAAAUGAAUUUCUUGCGUAAUCGUCUUGUUGUCCUGGGCCUGGUGUUGAUGGCCACUUUACUGCUGUACCUGCUGCUGCCGUCCAUUCGCCAGGGCAGCAUGGAGCCGUCCCUUGAAGCGCAAAGAAUGGGUCUAAUGGUAACCCCCCCCCCUGCACUUCCAACCAUCAAUGUGUCUAUUCGCACUGGACAGCUGCCUGGGGACCCUCCGCUGUUCUUCCGAGAAGCUUUACCUGUCGACGGAGCUGGACGACAGAUAUUGCCCAGGCUGCAAGUGGUCCUUCUGCAUGGCCAGGCCUUCACAUCCAAAACCUGGGAAGAACUCGGAACGAUGGCCCUGCUGGCAACUAAUGGAUAUCAGGCCUUAGCAAUGGACCUGCCAGGUUAUGGAAAAUCACCGGACUCAGAGGCUCUGAAGACGGAUCAGAAUCGGGUGGACCUGCUUUCCAGGUUCAUGGAGUCCUUGGGUGUCAGAGCAGCUGUGCUCCUGAGCCCCUCCAUGAGUGGACAUUACUCCAUCCCCUUCCUCAUGAAGAGCAAUGCUCAGCUGCACGGCUUUAUUCCCAUAGCCCCCGUUGGUACCCGAAGUUACACUCCUCAACAGUACCAAAAUGUUCAGACUCCCACUUUGAUAGUGUUUGGGGCCCUUGACACAAAUUUGGGUGCCCAAUCCCACAAGAACCUCAUACAACUUCCUAAUCACUCCGUGCUGAAGUUAGAGGGAGCUCGUCAUGCCUGCUAUAUGGACAAACCCAGAGAAUUUCACCAAGGACUGAUCGACUUCCUCAGCAAACUGAAAUGAGAUGUGUAGCAGAGGAAGAAAAGAUAGAAAAGAGAAAAAAAGAAGGAGGAACACUUGUCCUCUAAUGAAUGGUUCAAUGUAGUGACAGUUUUGCUAAAAAAUAAAUAACCCUUAUUCUCAUACCUGAAGCAAAGAGCAUUGGCUUGAGAAUAGGUUUUAAUGAAUGGCAUGCUAAGUCUUGUAGUGACCCUUCAAAACACAGUAUUUCAGAUGUUUCUUAAAUUAAAAAAGUGUCUUUAUUUUUUCAGUUUCCAUUGUGUCAUCCAAACAUACGAGACUAGUUCAGCUCAGCCUGUUGUAAAAAAAAAAAAAAAAAAAGCCUCAUUCUUGUAUAGUGGUGAGUUUUGUUUCAUGUGUUUCAUGUCUCUAUUUGCAUGUAAAACAUGGGAUUUGUUUGCUUCACUGUUGCCAUUUUUGUAGGUGACAUGUAUGUUAUUGUAAAUACGCAGAUGUAACCGCUUCCUGUGUUUAAAUAGCUUUUGCUCGCUUUGCGUAUGACAGAUUUGUAUAUUAAGAUCUGGUAACCAUGCCAGCUUCCAUGAAGACAUGCUAUACUCAACAAAAGCAAACAAAAUGAACACUGUAAUUUACUUUUUAAAAAGUUUAAAGGGAACUUUUAAAAUGAUCACAAUAAGUCCACAUUUAUUUAUAUCAUGAUGGUAAAGUGAUAUGUAAUAUAUUUGCAAUAAGUUUGGACAAUCAUGCAAAAAAAGAAGAAAAUCUCAAAAUGACACGUGCAUAGCUUACAAUAAAAA